UCAACUUGUUAAUGAAAUUUUUGCCUUAUUUAUCAAGAAUCAUAACGUGGAAACUCCGGAAUUUCACCUCUGCGCUAAGUCAAAUUGCUUUUUGAUCCAACCUCACAUAUCAGAAAAUAAAUCAAAACGUGCCAGAUUUGUGCAAAAAAACUCCCGCUUGUUGCUCCUCCCCCGAUUGUACUUUGUUCGAUUGGUUCAAGCAACAAGUCUCCGUAAGAAUUGUCCCAUAUUCUUCACUAAAUAUGGCAAAAGAAAGCUUCUGCAAUACCCACAUACCACGAGAAAGGGCAAAAUGGGUGUCUCUAAAAUGAGUUGGAGGGAGCACUUAAAUAUCUAUCGCUUUUUUUAUCGAAAAUUUAACCAACUGAGACCUCAACCAAGUCCUCUUCUCACAUCAGACAAAGCAACCUCGAACAAGAUUGAAGAUCAACAAAAACAUAUUUUCGUUGCUCAUAUUCCAUUGUAGACUACGUAUCAUUAAUGAACGUAUGUGAUCAUCAUGGGAGGAAAUGGCCAAGGGAAAACACGUUGGAUGUACGGCAACUGUUAAAGCUUCUUUCCCCAUGCUCUUCUUGCCGGCUGAAUAACACGCGCUCGUAUUCUCGACAUGCUAAUCCAAGACCAAAGAACAAGGAAAAAUUUGAGGAAGCAGCACUGAACUUGUUAUAAAAACUUGGAUAUAUAAGGACCCAAGAAUUCAGUACCUCUAGAGAGAGUCAAUGCUCAACUACUGACCAUUGGCCUCUUUUAAGGUCGAUUCGGACUCUAGAAAAAAAUUCUACUAUGACGGACGUUCAAGAGUUCAAAUUAUUUGGAAAAGCCAUGAUUGAAUACGUGGCAGAUUACUUGGAGACCAUCCGAGAUCGACCUGUGGUGCCCCAAGUCACUCCCGGUUAUCUGAAGGAACUCAUUCCCGAAGAAGCUCCCGAUACUCCAGAGCAUUGGAAGGACAUCAUGAAGGAUGUGGAGAGAGUGAUCAUGCCCGGAGUAACUCAUUGGCAUUCGCCCCAAUUUCACGCCUACUUUCCAGCGGCCAACAGCUACCCUGCAAUUGUGGCUGAUAUCUUAUCUGAUGGCAUCGGGUGCAUCGGAUUCUCCUGGAUUGCCAGUCCUGCUUGCACGGAGUUGGAAAUGGUCAUGAUGAAUUGGUUGGGCAAAAUGUUGAACUUACCUGAAAAAAUUCUUUUCCGACCUGGCGGAAAAGGCGGCGGGGUGAUUCAAGGGACCGCUAGCGAAGCGACUCUAGUAGCUAUGCUCUCUGCGAGAUCGAAGGCCACCCACAAACAUGGAACAGAUGCCAUAACGAAAUUAGUCGCUUACACAUCAAAAUUGGCACAUUGCUCGGCUGAAAGAGCUGGCUUACUAGCUGGAGUUAUGGUCCGGUGUUUGGAGGUGGACGAAGAUCAGAGUCUGAGAGGAGAGACCCUCAGGAGAGCAAUCGAGCAAGAUAAGGCCAAGGGCCUUAUUCCGUUUGUUACCGUCGCUGCUCUGGGCACCACUUCGUGUUGCUCUUUUGACAACCUUUUGGAGCUGGGCCCGAUUUGCAAUGAAGAAGACAUUUGGCUUCACGUGGACGCUGCAUAUGCUGGCAGCGCGUUCAUUUGUCCGGAAUACAGACCGAUCUUGAACGGUGUGGAGUUUGCCCAGUCCUACAGUUUCAACCCACACAAAUGGAUGCUGGUUAACUUUGAUUGCUCUACCAUGUGGGUACAGGAUGCAGAUGCGAUUGUAAGCUCUUUCAACGUAGAUCCUCUUUAUCUUCAGCACAAAUUUCAAGGCCAAAUCACCGAUUACCGCCAUUGGCAUAUUCCAAUGGGCCGUCGAUUCCGGUCUCUGAAAAUCUGGUUUGUGUUGAGAUUAUAUGGACAGGAAGGUAUCAGGAGUUACAUCCGGACGCAUAUCAAAUUAGCGCACGAGUUUGAAGCGUUGAUCGAGCAAGACGAGAAAUUUGAGAUAUUUAAUCCAACAACGAUGGGUUUGGUGUGCUUUCGUUUAAAGGGCUCAAACGAGCUCAACGAAGCAUUGAACAAGAGCAUCAACGAUGAAGGCAGAAUUCACAUCACCCCUGCCAAAGUUGGCGAAAUAUUCAUUCUUCGGUUUGCUGUCUGCGCUAGAACCACUGAAACAAAAGACAUUGACUUUGCUUACAAGGUUUUAGUGGAAAAUGCGCUAAAACUUGACUGUCACGCAUCAACAAGACUUUGACGGCAAAUUGUGACUUUAUGCAUCUGACUCUAAAAAAUAAAUAAAAGGUAAACGUAAUUGUGAAUUGAAGUAGAAGCUGGCGAAAAUAAGCGCUAUUUCGUGUACUACUGUUGGCGUACUAUAGCAAUAUUGCAGAUUUAGAACAGAGAACACAGUUAAGCAAGAACAAAAGUUGCCUGAGAUAAUCAGCUUAUAGAAUUUCGUAAUUGUGGUAAUGCUAGAGCAUCACAUUAAGUUUUGGAAAUGAUUGAGCAUGAUAUUGGUUGUAGUUCAUUUAAAAGGUAAUUUUGAAAAGCUAGAUUCGGGUCCUCCUCAUGGCAUAUCGUAUUUCAAAAUGGCAUUGAUUUGAUUUGAAUGCAUUUAUAAGUACAAGUACUUUUUUCAUGGUGAGUUCAUCUUUGGGACAUGUUACACAUGUCAUGAUAUAUCAUAGACAUGUUAUGAUAAGGUCUGGAUUAGUUAGUGAAUAGGACAUGCAGAUUGAGG